CUACUGCAAAGUGCAAACCAGUGAAUGUAAUUUAAAACUCUCAAUCUCUUUAACCUUUUUGCGAGCUUUGAUGUAUUUAAUCAGAGUUUUAGUUAGCUCUCGUGUAAAAGUUUACUUUGCCAAACGGUGUUGGUGAGCAUUUCCUUGAAAUGGAGCCUGCCUGCAAAGAUUUCCAAAACUAUAUUAACUAUGAUGUGUUAUUAUAGAUGUUAAUAUGUAUAUGUUAAUUUAAGCUAGGAUUAUUGGAUGUAGUGUUUCGUGUAUUUAUUGCUUUGUCAUCUCAAAGUUCACAGACUGCGGCACUAGUUAGGAGGAUUAGGAGAGGGAUAUGACCUUACUACUUUGCGUGGAAAAGUGCAGACUAUCCUACAAGGUUUCAGCUACACAUCGUUGGUGGAUUUUUGGACAGUCGCAGAAUGUCAGAAAACCUCUUUAUGAAGAUAUUGAGUGUUGUAAUGAAUUUUUCAGUUGACGUCGAGUUAGUGUGUGCUUGUGUUUGUGCUGCAAAUGAUACAAUCCUUAAAGGUCAACAUGUUCCCAAAAUCUACGGAUUAGGGAUGGAUGUAUCAACUGGUAAGAUUUCCCCAGUUUUUGAGCAGUUUCAAUGCCAAAUACCAGAUGAAACAUUACGUCAUGCGGCUUUGUACGCUAAGAAACAGUUAGUGAGGCAAGUGUAUUGUUCUCUUAACCGAGAAAUAAGAAUAACACCUUUUGAAGAAUGUUUUCCUCGCAAGACCUCUAGAAUUAUUGCCAAUCUUUCCGAUGAAGACCUUCUUACUGAGACAUUCUCAACUUCACCACAUUGUGAGCCCGCGAAUUUCUGCACUAAGUUACGAGAGGUGCAUCAAUUUUUAGUGGAAAACAAGAACAUUCAAGAGACAUUUUUUCCCGAAGGAAAUUCCAGGCGAUUUCAAUGUAGACACGGGGGCGUUUGGGCGUUGGUGUUGAAAUGAAAUCGCAAAGUAGCACAUUUGUUAUAUGAUGUUAACAUAUCAACUUAAUUUACACUUAAAAUUUUCUUUUGGAACUUGCUAAGUUGAUAUGUUUGACAUAUCGUGUAAAGUGAAAACUGCUUUUCUUUGAGCAUAUUUAUUUACCUGCCAAUAUAUCGUGACUUAAAACUAGGAGUUACUAGCACAAGGGAAGUACUCAGUGGGCUAAAACUGCUAUUUGCAAAUUGCUACUGCGUGUUUUCCAUCAUUUAUCAUCUGCCAUAAACAACACAAUAACGAAUGGACAAAGUAAAAACACAACAACAAACUGGAAUAACUUGUAUACUUAGUCAUUGAACAAAGACAAGCUAAUUCUCAUUAUUCAUGGCAUUCCCAUUAUUGAAAGUGAUAAAUCGUAUUGUUUUGAAAGUGUGAUGGCUUUGUGAUUAAUAACCCAGUUCUUCAUAAGGACAUGUAGAAAUCUACAAAAAAGAUAGUAUUUAAAAACACUUGCACUAGCAUAAAAAGUGGAGUGUGAGAAAGCAAUAUACUAAGCUCGAAAAAAUAACUUACCUUUUAUUGUUUUUGCUGAUGAUCUUAUUUACAAACAUUGUUUAUUUACAUACAGUGAUUAUGGACAUGAAAUUGAUUUGUUGUACAGGACUAAUUACACAUUACAUUAAACAAAGGUGAAUGGGACCUACAGGAGAAUCCCGUGUCUUUUGCAAACUGUAAAGUUUGUUCAUUAAAGUGCACUGCUGUAAGAUGUCUGUGCUAAAUUAUCUA